AGGUACGGGUAAAGCAAACCUGUAGAUCAACUCAUGACGGAUAUCAAAGACUUGACAAGAAAGCUCCGGCUAUUAAUCCCGCGGCGAUGGUUGGCUCUGCUCACUCUUUCAAUCAUUUUCGUGAUAGUGGUCGUUAUAGUAAACCUUGCCCCUAGGAACCUAACACAAAUUCUUCUACACCUUGGCUGUAAGACGUUUAUCGGGCAAUCUACGAUCUGCCACCCAACUACGGUUAUUAGGGAUAUGAAUUUUACCUUGGAUGACGUCUACAUGUCGGAUGCAGCUUUGCAUUUACCAAAGAAAGGCAGACUGUUUUGUUUUGUUAUUACUACACCUAGAUAUCACAAUGAUCGAGUACUAGCUGUAAAUGAAACGUGGUUGCCUCGUUGCGAUAGUGGCCAAUUUUUCACAAGUGAGAAGAUGGAUCCGAGCAUACCGCACAGUACAAUUCUGUCAAAGUUGCCAGAUACGUACGAAUAUCUCUUCUACAAAGUUCUUCUCGCAUUUCAUUACGCCUAUAACAAUGUUUCGGAUCAAUUCGAUUGGUACUUUAAGGCAGACGACGAUACUUACGUCAUAAUGGAGCACAUGUAUGAAUAUCUUGCCACACUAGAUCCAUCCGAACCAUACUAUUUAGGAUACACCCUCAAACCGUACCUCGCACGAGGAUACAAUGGCGGUGGGGCAGGAUACGUACUCAGUCGUGCAGCUGUGAAGCUGCUACUGCAACGAGGUUACGAUGAUCGCAAGGCUUGUCCGUUCGAUUACUCUGAAGAUGUUGGCAUGGGAAUGUGUUUACAAAAUAUGGAGAUUUAUCCACAUGACACAAGAAACGAACGUGGACAACAACGUUUCCACACAUAUCGCCCUGAUGACAUGUUUCAUGGAAAGAUAACGGAUGAAUGGCACUAUUAUAGACAGAUCAAUGGACAUGACUGGAUUGCACCCGAGCUAAUCACAAUACAUCACCUCACACCAGAUGAAAUCCGCACUUACGACGAUCUGCUCUACAGAAUGCGAUCUCCCCAGUUAUCGAAAAUAAAUGCGGGAAUGGAAAAGCCGAGACUGACACCAAAUCCUCGUUCUAAUACCUCAGAAAAACGUCAGAUUCCUAAAUCCAAGACCGGUUCUCAGACAGUUUCUUCGAAAAAGUUGAAGGUCCAAAGACUUUCAGCGUUCAAUCAUAGCCACUUUGACAUUGAAGCGAUGUAAAUCACAAGAGCUAUUCUCUGAUAUAAUUUAUGUGCUGGUUCACAUACGUUUCAUUUUAUGUAAUGAGGUGCUCAUAUCCGGAACGGGUUGUGAUAUUGAGAAAAGAUUGUUAGGCUGCA